UCUGGGUCAAUAUCGAUGCUUGACCAAGGUCACGAGCAUGCAAACAGCGCUUCCGAAUACUAUUCACGGGGUUUGCUCAUUCCAGCAGCGGAGGAAUACUACAAAGCCGCGGAGGCAUUUCAGACAUGCGCGAACCAGUCAACAGACGAGCACACAAAAGGAACUUUGCGAAAGCUGUGUACGCAUUAUUAUUCCGUCGGAAAGGACCUACAGCGCCGUAUAGCGAAGCUUAGGGAAGAAGGUAAAGACCCGUCAUUACCGCAAGUCAGCCACUCUCCCCGUGGGGCAGCCAAGAGCAACGACAACGAAACAUCGUCCAAUCCUGGCUCGGGCUUGCAUGUUCCACCUCGAGCCAGAAGCCUCGAAUCGUCUGCAACGACAUUCGAUGAAUCGUUUAUGGUCUUGAACCAACAGUCUGAUAAUAACGGAGAAGACUCGCCAUUCGAUUUAUUUUGGAAGGUUACUGGCGAGAUAAUGUACAAUCUGUCUCAGCCUAUGUCUUUCCAAACAGCCGCCAUGGCUGCGCUGGACGCCGUCGAAAGCCGCACGGCCUCGACUCAAUCAGAAUCUGGGAAUAACGAGGCGGUUAAUACUUCCAUCCCAAGUGUGCGCAGAACAAAUGGAAUGCCAAACAAAGAUCACCAGAAAAGGGCCGAGAGCGCGAAAUCGGUUCAAUUGUCGAAGACCGAUGAGUUUGAACUAGACGAUGACGACUAUGAUUCACUUGAUGAUUUUUGUUUCAUACCAUCAACUUCAUCUUCCGACUUGUCCUCAUCUACGAAACUGAAGAAGGAGAAUGCAGAACUUAAGCUGAAACUUGAAAAUAUGGAGAAACAAAUGGGUGCAGUACGACGGCAAAUUACGCUAAGAAAUGAGCAAGAUCAGCACCUACGCGACAACAUCAUGCUCGCUCGGAAAGAGGCACAACGAGCAAUGGCAGCCUCAACAUCCUUUGCUGUCCCCUCCAUGCACUCAAUGGCAAAUCUCGGAAGUCCCAGUCCGGGUUCUAACUUAAAUUUGCCUCAACCUGCUGGCGCAGGCGGCCGGGAUAGAGAUGCACCGCUCUUACGCAGGAUUAGAGAACUAGAGGAGGAACUUCGUGUUGUACGCGUGGAGAACGAGAAGCAAAAAGCGAUGAUUGCGAAGUUCAGAGAACGUUGGGAGAAACUCAAGGAAUCUGCAAAGCGCAAGAAGAGUGCGAAAGCCAACGCUGCUGGGCAGACUGACUCCAGCGUAAGUGCUGGUGUACGAGAGCGCAUUGACGAAGAUCCAGAGGGCGAAGCCGCUGCUGCUGAAGACAGCGGUAAAGAGAAGAACUAAUGCCCAUUUGCAUGCCUGAUUUAUUCCCUCGUUUCGUUUAUCAUGACCCAAGCAUCGUACUUCUAUGCAUUCAAGUCGCUUCUUUCGCUGUCUUAUUCUGUGUAGGAUUGCUGUAUCAGUAGACUCAGGUGCCCUGUAUCGACAAAUGCGCAGUGCAGUCAUUCGUUGACAGCUGUGCGAGGAUGUACUAAUUAUGAAUAAUCCGCUCUGAUAUAUGCU